ACAAACGUUGGUGGUAGUUUUGAAAAGUAUGGAUGUAUGAAGAAAAAGUUCCCAAACUGUGAAAGGAGGAUGCUCAUAAUUUAGAAAAAUGGAGAACGAACCGGACGAGUCAAAUCCACUUGUACCCCACAAUUCUGCUGUUGAUUGCCGCUUGCACACAUCUCCGACAGGAAUCGCAGGUUUCUCACAAAGAGAACGUCGAGAUGACCUUGCAUUUCGACAAAAACAACCCGUUAAAAGAACCAUUAAUGACGGAAGAGCUGCCAUAGAUUCCUUGAAGUCUCGCCUUUACGACCGACCGGAAAACUCCGAAGUUUUUCGAGCAAUGUACCGACCUGUUCCGCCAUCUUCAGUUCAGACAUCAACUCAGGGCUCACCUCAUCCACCUCCAAAGGGUGGCUCAAGGUCAGUGAUGGGUAACUAUAGAACCACAAUGUUCAGAAGAGAUUUCAACAGAUUACAAGCUCAGAGAAAUCAGGGUUUUCCUAAAGCACCUGUUCCAGUCACACAAGGAGCAGUGGAAUUUGAGCAAGGAAACCCCCAAAAGCCAGAGACAAAGUUAGACCCACAGAAUUUGACAACUGCAAAUGGUGCUGCCUUUUCAAGUCUAGAGGAAGAUGGUGCAGAUAACUUACAUCUGGAUCAGAGAAGUGAACUUUCUAACAGUGAAAGACCAGUUGAUCAGGUAUCAUCAGUCGGAUCCUUUGGUAAGGGUGAUGAUGAGUCAGACUCUGUGGCCUCAAGUAAAACUGCAAGUAGCAGGCCUUUCUCUCACAAAUCUCGGGCUUCAUCUGGAAAAUUGCACCCUCCUCCAUCUAGAAGUUUAAAACCAGACUUCAAUAGAAAUGAGGCAAAGCCUCUUUCACAGGGAAUACUAGGUGAUGAAGAAUUCAUCAACUGCCACGUAUCAGAUGUGAUUGUGAAGCUGCGCCAAAGAUUAAAUAUGAGCACAGAUCUUGAUGCAAUUGCCAAUGGGGAAGAUCCAGAUGAGGAUGAAAACAAUAUCAAUCGAUUAUACAUCCAAGAAGAUGAUGGAAAAUUUGUAUAUUGUGUUCCAAAGAACAGAACUUUGAGAGCUGCACGAUAUAAUCCUUAUGACUUGGUUUGUGUGACAUCACAGGAAGCCCAGUCAAACCCACAGUAUUUUACUGUGACUGCUUCAGCUGUUACACUGAUCAGAGAAGGGUUUGAUUCUGAACUUACUCCAUUAAAGAGGUGGCUUUAUGAGAAGAAAGUAUUUAGUAUAAUAUUUGGUUUUCCAACCUUCACCAAGUUUAGAUUGUGGAAAGGUUAUACAUGUUGGAGGAACAAUGUCAGAUUUCAGAAAAAUUGCAGCAGUAGAUCUGAGGUUGUCAGUUCACUUUUUUCGGCAACAAAAGCCUCACAACAAGCUAUACUCCUUGUAAGAGCUCUCUGUGAGAAAGCCUGCAGCAGUAUAACAGGAGUGGGAGAAGGAGAAGAUGGAAUUUGUCUCCUACACAUUGAUCCUCAGACAACCUUUACUCUGAAGGAAUUUGUGGAUGUGCAGACAAGACAAGCGCAAGACGCCACGGAAAAGCUAACUGCCUUGAGGGUAAAAGUACUGGAGAUUGUCAAAGAGGCCUGCGAGAAAAUUACAGAAGAAGAAGGACUAACAGAAUGGGUUCACCCAGAAAGAAAAAGGGAACAAAAGAAGAAAAAAAAGGAAGACAACCCUGAAGGCAAGAAAAAGAAAGGCAAGGUUAGGUAUGGACCUUCUUUCACUCAGAUGUCUCAAUGGAGAGGAGUCCUCCAUCGUUUGACUUGUUUCAUCAGAAUGAUUGACUUUCUGGUGAUGGAGCUCUUAAGGAGGCUUGUACUAACUGCAUUGAGGACAUUCUUAGCACAAGUUAAAGCUGCAUCUAUGCUGGGAUCUAUUGUGCACCUGAGUCUUAUGGAACCCACCCUUGAAAAUGAGGAGAAGAAAAACAGUGUGAAACUUGGUGCAGAUGACGAGGAAGAUAAAAAAGCUGUUCCACUUCUGCUUGUGGAGCUGGUUUUGAAUGUCCCUCCCACUGAGGAAGGAGGAGUUGACAGAAAGACUGUCACAUUUGAUGUUCAAUCUGCCCAAAGAUCACGGACAGAAGGGAAAUCCACACCUUACACUGGUGAUGGAACAUCAUUUGCUGAUGACACCAUGACUGUCACAUCCGGAAAAGAUCCUUCGAUUAUGUCGACUGGCACUCAAACCUCUAUGACGUCAAAGUCUUUUGUUUCUCUCAGACCAACAGAACAGGAAUUUGAGAUUGCUCUCCUCGACAUUAUAUGUGGCUUUGAACAAACUGCAGCUUCAUUCAAAAGUUUGGUCCAUGAUCCACAAUUGUCGGUCUAUGUCAAUCCACCAGCAAGUGACGUAGUGUAUGCUUUGUCACGUGAUGUGUAUGAAGAGGAGAAGGCGAAGAAGAUUCCGUGGCCAGAUUCAGAGCUGCUGUUUGGCCAAGAUCCUGAUUAUCAGAAUGACGUUGGCCAAAUAUUUCAUCAGAUCAAGGAUGAAGUGGAUAACGUACUCAGUUUUUCAAAGAAAUAUAAGAGAUUUUGUGUCAUGGUGGACAAGUCGCGGAGGGUGGAUGUCGAUGGCUCUCUCAAAGAAAGAGAGUGGAACACUGAAGAGUUCUAUGCUGUUCUCAAUCAGCACACGGAAGAGGUUCUUGAGAUGUCCAAGAUGGUGUUGCACAAAAGAGUUGGACUGUUUCAUGUGGAAGUAACUGGCUUUCAAAGUAACUGUCUUCCUUACCCUCAGAAGGUUCUUGAAGCAGUGGCUUGCCACCUUCCUGUCAUUGCGGCCAAACGAAAUGAUGUCCUGCUGAAUGUUAUCAAGCACGCUUCAAGGAAGCUCGAUAAAAUGCCAGAGACUGUAGAAGCCUUUGUGGAACACCUUAUCUUCUUGUCGCGAAUGGCCAAUGAGAUCUCCUCUUUAGAGCAUGAAUAUCACAUCGUAACACGCAUGUACAGCAUCGCACGGAACUUUGAGAUGACGAUAUCAGCGGAAGAGCUUGCUCUGUAUCAGAUGCUCAUGCCGAGUUUUCAACAUUUGAAGUCAACCAUCAUGUACUGUGAGGCAAAAAAGGAUGAAAACAUCCAGAGAUACAGUAGAGCUCUUGAUGAACUGAUCAACACAGUUCGACGUGAACUGGUUGUCAUUAAAAACAAGGUCUGUUCUCCUGUCUUACUGGAUGCUGAUAAUAUUCCUCAAGUCGCCACAGAAAAGUUGAAACUUUUGAAAGAAGACCUGACUAACUUGUCAACCAAGGCUCGUAACUAUGCCACAUAUCAGGAACGUUUUGGAAGUUCUAUGUCGUCUUCUCUACAGAAGAAGGCUCUGACCGAGGGAGCCAUGACCACCAUGACAGGCCACUCAAGUCCCCAGGCCACUUCUCUGCAGUCUGAGGUGAUAGAAGUUGAGAAGGACUUGACUUUAAGGUGCCUUUUAUGGGAGUCCUUGCAGGAGUGGCAGGGAUUGGUCGACCAGUGGGAGGCCACACCAUUUGAGACCCUGAAGAUCGACGAAGUACAGCAUGACGUCACAAGGUUUAUACAGACUGUGUUCUUACUGGAAAAAGGUCUUCCACCAAACAAAGUUGUACCGAGAUUGAAACAAAAGGUGGUGAGCUUUAAACAAGGCAUGCCAGUAAUUACAAGUCUCAGAAAUCCUGCGCUGAGAACCAGACACUGGGAAGCUAUCCAAAAUGUUAUUGGAACACGUAUCGUUCGUGACAAAUAUUUCACUUUAGGACACCUACUACAACUCAAGGUGUUUCAACACAAGGAGAAGAUUUCGGACAUAUCUUCGCAGGCAAGUAACGAAGCAACGCUGGAACAAAUGCUGCAAAAGGUGAUGGACUAUUGGAACCACACAGACUUCCAGCUGUCUGCCCACAUAAGCCGUGACAUUGCUAUUAUCACAGGUGCUGAUGAUAUUAUAACAGCUGUAGAAGAGAGCCAGGUCACGCUUUCUAACAUCAGAGGGUCACGUUUUGUCACGCCAAUCAAGGCUUUGGUUGAAGAAUGGGACAGAAAAUUGAAACUGUUUGCCAGCACAUUGGAUGAAUGGCUUCUCUGUCAGCGGAACUGGCUCUAUCUAGAGACAAUCUUUUCAGCGGCUGACAUUCAAAGGCAACUGCCAAAUGAAGCCCGCCUGUUUGCCCAAGUAGACAAAUCAUGGAAAGACAUCAUGAGAAGAACUAUUGAUAAACCGAAUGCUUUGAGGGCUUCAACAGCUGCAGGUGUGUUGGAGGUAUUGCAAGCAAGUAACUCUCACUUAGAGAAAAUUCACAGAUGUUUAGAGGACUACCUUGAAACAAAGAGACUGGUGUUUGCGAGGUUUUACUUCCUUAGCAAUGAAGACUUGCUCGACAUUUUGGCCAAUUGCAAGAACCCCAAUGCUGUUCAGCCUCACCUGAGGAAGUGUUUCGGGAGCAUUUAUCAGCUGGGCAUUGUUCGUCAAGUACACUCGCCAGCGCAGAUUCAGAACAUGACUUCAGAGGAAGGGGAAAGUGUAUUACUGCCUAAAACUUUAAGAGCGAGAGGAAACGUGGAGUCAUGGCUGUACAAUGUCGAGCUUUCUAUGUAUGAGACUGUCAAAAUGCACUUAAAAAAGUGUUUAGUGGAUUAUGGUACAAGAGAGUAUUCUGCGUGGGUUUUGGCUCAUCCGGGACAAGCAAUACUGACUGUUUCUCAAAUUGUCUUUAAUCGUGACGUACUGACGUGUUUCCGUACAACAAGACCCAAAGAAACUCUCCAGAACAAGAGAGAAAAACUAGUCUCAGUCCUCCACAGUCUAUCACAGAUGGUAACGUCAUCACUAGUUCCUCAUAAGCACCAAACACUCGAGGCCCUGUUAACAAUUGAAGUGCAUGCCCGUGAUGUCCUGGACUCCAUGAUUGCUAAUCAGGUCUAUCAGAUGGAGGAUUUUCAGUGGACCAGGCAACUGCGUUACGAGUGGAAUGACGAGCGGCAAGCCUGUAUGGUCCGUCACAGUAAUGCAGUAUUUGAAUAUGGGUAUGAAUAUCUCGGCUGUUCUCGGCGGCUGGUCAUUACCCCACUGACUGACAGAUGUUAUCUGACACUGACUGGAGCACUCAAUCUUCAUCUUAAUGGUGCUCCUGCCGGACCGGCGGGAACUGGUAAAACAGAGACUGUUAAGGAUCUUGCCAAGGCCAUGGGAAAGCAGUGUCUUGUGUUCAACUGUUCUGAAGGACUUGACUAUAAGAUGAUGGGCAAGUUUUUCUCCGGUUUAGCUCAAUCUGGAUCGUGGUUCUGUUUUGAUGAAUUCAAUCGUAUUGAUGUAGAAGUGUUAUCAGUCAUCGCUCAACAGCUUCACACUAUUAAAACAGCUAAAGAUAAUAACGUAACCAGGUUUCUGUUUGAGGGACGGGAUAUAAAGCUGAAUACAAAUUGUGGAAUGUUUAUUACAAUGAACCCAGGAUAUGCGGGUAGAGUCGAGCUGCCGGACAAUUUGAAAUCUUUAUUCCGUCCAGUUGCCAUGAUGGUACCCGACUAUGCGUUAAUCGCCGAAAUAAUCCUGUUUUCUGAAGGAUUCACUGCCGCUGCGCUGUUGUCGGGGAAAGUUGUGAAUCUUUAUCAACUGGCAAGCAAGCAGCUUUCACAACAGGAUCAUUAUGACUUCGGAUUACGAGCGAUAAAAUCAGUUCUACUUAUGGCUGGACAGCGCAGAAGGGCUGCAAGUCUUAACAUGGCGUCUGAGACGUUGGAAGAAGAAGAAUCACACCUGAUUAUUAACGCAGUGAAGGACGCCAAUAUUCCCAAGUUUGUCGCAGAGGAUGUUCCACUGUUUAAGAGCAUCUUGGCAGACUUGUUUCCUGGUUUAGAUCCACCGGUUCCCGACAACAAGUUACUGAAGAAAGCUGCUAAGGCCGCCUUGGGCGAGUUGUCUAUUCAGUAUUGGCCCUCACAGAUCGACAAGGUGAUUCAGUUGAACAGUACAUUACAAGUGCGGCAUGGUGUGAUGUUGGUUGGACCAGCUGGUGGCGGAAAAACCACCACGCGUCAGAUCCUGAAGCGUGCGCUGGUCGUGUUGCCAAGCAUUCAAGCGCGGGAACAGUUGGAAAUGAAAGGGACUGGGGACUACCCUGAGGAGACUGGAUCGUCGAAGACAGCCCAAUCUCACGCGCGCGCUGCCAAAGCGAGGCGUGGCUCAGUCUAUGUAUCCACACUGAACCCCAAGUGCGUGACAGUAGGUGAGCUGUAUGGCGAGGUGAAUUCCACAACUAUGGAAUGGAAAGAUGGCCUCUUGUCUCACAUUUACCGUAAAUAUGCUAAGAAUAGUAGAGGAGUAUUACAAGGAACCAGAGGAAAGCAGUCGAGCACACCUCCCGCUAACGCAUUCAGAUUAUCAAGGAACUCAUCGGCCAAGUCUGCUGUCACUAGUGUGUCGGCUAUCAGUGGUGAGGAGAACAGUGAAGUUGAAACAGCGACCGCGACAGAAGACGCUAGUAACAUUAACAGAGAGGAGACGCCCAUUUUUUGGCACUGGAUUGUGAUGGACGGACCUGUGGAUACACUCUGGAUUGAAAACCUUAACACCGUAUUGGAUGAUACAAAGGUGUUGUGUCUUGCCAAUGGAGAGAGGAUAGAAAUGGGUCACGGGAUGAGGAUUUUAUUUGAGGUUGACAAUCUGGCCAUGGCGUCUCCUGCUACAGUCAGUCGUUGCGGAAUGGUAUACAUGGAACCUAAGGAUUUAGGUUGGAGACCGUACGUUAAAACAUGGAUUCAGAGGCUUAAAGAGCAAACAAAGCUCCCCAGAGAGGUAUUCAAUCAUCUUCUCCAGCUAUUUGAACACAGUGUAGACACAGGACUUCGCUUCCUUUCCAACUACAACCAGCUUCAAUACAUCAUAGCACCGGAUCUUAGCAUUGUUUCCACUCUCUGCAGUAUUAUCAGCGGUUUUUUAGAAAUCAUGUACAGCCAGGGUGGUUUCCCUGCUAGCGAAGCUCCGAGUGCUGCCGAAGAUGGAGCAGAAUUGUCGGAAACAACUUCGGCUAAAGCCGUCACGUUUGCCGAUGACUCCGAACAAGAAAUCAUUCCUAUUCGGAAAGUGUCUUUCAUACAACGCAAUCCUUCCCAGCUUUUAAGCUUUCUCGGAAAGGUGUAUGUUUUCGCAUAUACUUGGGCAUUUGGGGGAAAUCUUCGUUUUGAAACAGUUGUCGAAGAUGAAGAAAGUGGAGAUACCUUUGCAAAAGACAGUCCACAAAUUUGGGAAUUGUUUGAUACAAUGACUCGUGAUUUGUUUGAUAUCGACUCCCCGAUCGGUGUUCGAUUACCCCCUGGAAACGACAGCAUGGCUAAUUACUUCAUUGACAUGGAGAGCGGACAGUUUUCACUGUGGAGCAGUCUCGUUCCUUCGACUCGCGCAUUGAUAGCCAAGGCAGUGUCUAAUCAAUUUGCCAUCUCAGAUACUCUCAACACUCUAGACGAUCCCCCUCCCAUGAAAAAUCAGCUUGAGAUCGAUCGUUCCCUCGUUCCAACCGUUGACACAGUCCGGUACGCGUUUCUCCUCUCGUUGAUGGCGUUAAAAGGACAACCGGUUUUGCUAACCGGAGAAACCGGUGUCGGGAAAAGUGCAUUGAUCCAGGACACGUUGGUCCGGUUGUCCCAACCGGGUGGGAGUGGAACGAGCACGGGAACAAUCUUAGGAGCAGUGUUUCGAACAGGAGGGAUGAACUUGGUGGAUAGCAUUAUGGAUAUGACAGCCUCUGAAGGGGUGAAGAGUGUAGGGCGUGGUUCUGAGGUGGUGUUCGACUCCACGCCUUUUUCGGCUUAUACAAGCUCUUCAAAGGCGCAGAAGUUUAUUGAAUCGAAGUUGGUGAAGAGAGGAAGGGACGUACUGGGACCGAGACCAGGAAAAAAGGUUCUUCUCUUUGUUGACGACAUCAAUCUACCUCAACCCGAUGCGUUCCAGUCCCAGCCCCCUCUGGAGUUGCUCCGUCAAUUCCUUGACUCUCAAGGUUUCUAUGACUCUACAAAGCUUCAGUGGAAGGAGGUUCAUGACGUUACACUAUUAGCGGCUUGUGCUCCCCCAGGGGGAGGAAGAAGUGCUAUUAAUGGUCGGUUGCUGAGGCAUUUCAGUGUGCUUUAUCUUCCUCAUCCUGACUCCAAGUGGCUGCAUCAUAUCUACGUCACACAGCUUGGACGCUUUUUGGAAAAAGCCGACUUUGUACCUGAUGUGCGGGACGCCUGUGAGGUUAUGGUGACUGUUGCUAUGGGACUGUACUUUGAUCUUAGUGCCAACCUCCUCCCCACCCCAGCUAAGUCACAUUAUACUUUCAAUCUGCGCGACUUAAAUAAAGUUAUAGAAAGCUUGUUACAAGCCCACCCAUCCGUCAUCACAUCACGUGACCAUUGCGCUCAGCUGCUCGGCCACGAAGCCUCACGAGUGUUGCACGAUCGGCUCACGAACGAUGCUGACCGACGGUACUUCCACAGAGUGUUGUCGGAACAGCUCCACAAUGGGUUCAAGACACGCUGGAGUGCCGAGGAACUGGAAAAAAAGCCGUUGAUCUUUGGGGAUUUUCUGGAAGGAAGUGAACCACACAGCCCUCGAGUGUAUCGCUCUGUGCGCCAAUAUGAUCGAUUGCCUCAGAUCUUAGAGGAAUACUACGACAAAGCCAACCUAUCAGGGGGAAGUGUGGAGCAUCGUUUUGUUUUCUUCGACAUGGCAGUGCAGCACGUGACACGGGCGGCACGUGUUUUCCGUCAGCCUGGGAAACACAUGCAGAUGGUCGGGGUUGGGGGUACGGGCAAAGCCACGGUUGCUAAGCUAGCAGCGUUUAUUGAAGACUGCGUGUUCUUGAGACCUCAUGUCUCACGAGUAUACAACUUAUCGGAGUUCAGAGACGAUGUGAAAAAAGCUUGUGUCGUGGCCGGAGUAAAGGGAAAGAACACUGUGCUUUUUCUGUCAGACAAUUUGGUUAAGGACGAGCUCCUUGAAGAUGUGACGAGUAUUCUAGCUGGAGCUGAUAUAGCCAGCCUUUUCGACCAUGAAGACCUUGAGCGUAUCUCUUUAGAUCUAAAAAGAGAUGCGAUACUUCAAGGCGUUUCAGAUACGAAAGAAGCCAUCUUUCGGUUCUUCCUUGAACGCGUCAAGCAGAAGCUACACUUGGUCCUCUCCACCACUCCCGCGGGGUCCAGUUUUCGGCGGCGUUGCCGCCUGUACCCGCCCCUCAUAAACUGUUGUACAAUUGACUGGUUUGACAAAUGGCCUUUGGAUGCGCUUCAGUCAGUGGCCGUGUCUUUUCUGGAGCUUUCAGAACUGGGGAAAAAUCCAGAGUCGAAUGAGGCUCUACUGGAAAGUGUUUCUAAAGUCUUUGUUGAAGUUUUCAAUAGCGUUGAACAGGAGACGCAGAAGUUUUAUGAAGAGUUGCGCCGACGGUAUUACACGACUCCGACAAGUUACAUGGAGUUUGUUCGCUUGUACCUGAGUAAAUUAAACGACAAGCGAGCUGAAUUGAGUUUUAACCGCGAUAGAUUGUGUACUGGUUUGCAAAAGCUGUCAGAGUCUAAUGAACUGGUGGGCACAAUGCAAACUGAGUUGUUACAAUUAGGGCCUAAACUGGAGAACAAAGCUAAGGACGCAGAAAAGCUUCUUGAACAGCUCGCCUGCGACCAGGAAGCAGUGGAUCAAGUACACAGUGUGGUACAAAAAGAGGAAGAAAUCAUGAAUGAGGAAGCCCUUAGAGUGCAGGCGAUAGCGGAGGAAGCUCAGAGGGACCUAGAAGGAGCCUUACCACAACUGGAGGCAGCUAUUGUGGCUCUGGACUCUCUGGAUAAAUCUGACAUUUCCGAGAUCCGAGUGUACACCAAGCCUCCUACGAUGGUGAUGACGGUGCUGUCGGCAGUUUGUGUCCUGCUGCAGCAGAAACCAGACUGGAAUUCGGCUAAACUGCUGCUUGGUGAUCAGGGAUUCUUGAAGAAACUCGUUGGCUAUGACAAGAACAGUGUCCCCGAGAAGGUCUUCACGCGCCUCAAACGAUACACUCAGCAUCCGGAGUUUAACCCAGAGGCUGUUGGUAAGAUAUCGGUGGCUUGUAAGUCCAUGUGUCAGUGGGUGCUGGCGCUGGAGAAUUACGCUGAGGUGUACAAGAUCGUGGAACCCAAACAGAGAAGAUGCGAAGAAGCACAAGCUGCUCUGCUUAUCGCUAAAGAAAAUUUGCAACAGAAGCAGCUAAGUCUGCUGAAAAUCCAGGAACAGCUUCAGCUUCUUAAGCAACAAUAUGAUAGCAGUGUGGCACAGCUGGAGGAACUCAAACAGAAGAAGGAGCUUACUAUUGUGAGGCUGAAGAGGGCUUCAAUUCUUACUGCAGCCUUGGCUGAAGAGCAGGUUCGCUGGAGCAACUCGGUGAGCUCUCAGGAGGAACACGCCCACGGUCUUAUUGGCGAUACACUGGUGUCCUCUGCAGCGGUGGCUUACCUAGGUGCCUUCACGUCAUCCUACAGGCACCGGCUUCUCUCGCACUGGCUGCAGCUCUGCAAAGCGGAGAACAUUCCAGUGUCGGAAAAUUUUGAACUAACAGAGUUUUUGUCUGAGCCGGUCGAAGUUCAGACUUGGUUGAAUGAUGGGCUACCUCACGAUAAACACUCCAUUGAGAAUGCUGUACUCAUGAAGCAUUGUCGCCGCUGGCCACUCUUGAUCGACCCGCAGGAGCAAGCAUCUAAGUGGAUCACGCGGACUGAAAAAGAUAACGGGCUCAAGAUUGUCAAGGCCUCGGAUCCAGGCUAUCUCCGGACAUUAGAGAGUGCCAUACCGUUAGGACAACCGGUUCUGGUUGAGGAUUUGGGUGAACACUUGGACCCGUCGCUUAACCCAAUCCUGAGCAAAAAUACUAUUACACGAGGUAAUCAGGAAAUGAUGAUAAUCGGUGACUCCGAGAUCGAAUACAACAGCAACUUCCGGUUAUACAUGACCACACCCCUGGCAAACCCGCACUUUCUACCGGAAGUGUGCAUUAAAGUCACGGUGAUAAACUUCACUGUCACGCUAGAUGGAUUGCAGGACCAGUUGCUGUCACGCGUGGUCCAAAGGGAAAGACCAAAGCUAGAGGAGAGUAGCAAAGAGUUACUUCAUGGCUUGGUAACGGAUCGCUACAAGUUAAGAGAAUUGGAAGAUCGAUCACUGUCUCUGCUUCACCAGUCACGUGGUAACAUCCUGGACGACGAAGAUCUUAUCUCCACUCUGGAUGACAGCAAGAAAGUGGCGAAUGUUAUUCACACGCGUGUCGUCCAAUCAGAAGAGACCAAAGAGAAGAUUAACCUCAGUCGAGAGAAAUACCUUCCAGUGGCCACCCGGGGUGCGGUGUUGUAUUUUGUUCUCACCGAUUUAGCUUACGUGGAUGUUAUGUACCAGUUUUCUCUGCCCUGGUUUACAGAUCUCUUUGACGGCUGCAUUGAGUCCGCUCAGGAGCCAGCACAGACUGCGAGAAGUGAGUCACCCAUAAGGCCUGGUAGCGCAGGUACGCUUCGACCCAUACGAAAGGAUAAACUUGCUGUAUCAAGUGCGAGUCGACCCGGGUUUAAACGUCGAAUAACUGUCCACAGGCCGAAAGAUGAAACUUCGUUGCCGCAAUAUCUCCAAGCCUUGGUAGAGCUUCUAACAGAGAGUGUCUAUCGGGUGGUUUCGUACGCACUAUUUGCGUGUCACAAACUCACGUUUUCUUUUAUGUUAUGCGCGGGAAUCAUGCGUCAUAGUAUGGCUACAUCACGGGACAAAACCAUCGACGAGGAAGAGUGGAAUUGGUUUUUGCGUGGAUCAGCGGUCGCUGCCAUAACAGACAGACUCGAGAGUGAAGAGGAGUUGAAUAUCUCUUGGAAGGGAAGUCAGACGACAGUCGCGGGAAGCCUGGGUCAAUACAUGUCGAAAAUGAACAAAUCUCCAGCCAAGUGGAUAACUGAGUCUACCUGGAAGGAAUGUCUUCAGCUGUCAGCCUCCAUUCCGGCCUUUGCUGGCCUCUGUAGUAACAUUGCAGUGAAUGUUGCCUUCUGGAGCAAGUUCGCCGCGAGCGAGAAUCCAUUCAAGUUCAUUGAAAAUGAGCAAAAGCUCGAGAAUACGAAGGCUACCUCAACAGAAGAUACGGAUCACCACUCUCCUCAGCUCGGCUGGAACGUAUCCAGUCUCUCCAGGUUUCAGCGCCUUAUCAUCGUCAAGGUACUGCGGCCCGAGUGUCUUGUCGAUUCUGUCAGACUAUUUGUGGAACAACAGAUGGGGCCUAAGUUUGUCACGAGCUUUGGGUUUGAUCUACAGGAAGUGUUUGAAGAGUCCAGUAGUAGGAAACCACUCAUUUUUAUCUUGUCUCCAGGUUCAGAUCCAACAUCGCAGCUCAUGCGGUUUGCGCGGGAGACUCGAGGGACUUCAUUACAUCUAGACAUAAUCUCAUUAGGAAGGGGUCAGGGCCCCAGAGCUGAAGAGGCAAUCACGAAAGCCUACCAACAGAAAGGAAAGUGGGUUUUCUUACAGAAUUGCCACCAUGCAGCCUCAUUUAUGCCGCGACUUCAGAUGAUUGUGAGAAGGAUAUCACAUCCUGAAACAAAUGUGCAUCCGAAUUUCCGGAUGUGGCUGAGCUCCAAACCAGACCCCUCGUUUCCAGUGUCCAUCCUACAAGCUGGACUCAAGAUGACGGUGGAACCUCCCCCAGGAAUCAAAGCCAACUUGCUUCGAUCUUUAGGGGGAGUGGGUGGGGUGGUGACCGAGUCUGUGUGGGAGGACACAGGGCCUGGGCCUAGUUGGAAGAGACUUGUGUUUGGUUUGUGUUUCUUUAAUGCCGUCGUGCACGAGAGGAAGAAGUUUGGAGCCUUGGGGUGGAAUAUUCCGUAUGAAUUCACCGCCUCGGACCUUGAGGUGUCGAUUUUGAUGCUACACAUGUUACUAACCGAGCAUCACGACGUGCCGUGGAAAGCCAUCAGAUAUCUGACGGGGGAGAUUGUGUAUGGGGGCCGAGUCACAGACAACUGGGACCAGCGAUGCUUGCAGAGUAUCCUGGGAAAGUUUUACACUCCUUUGGCCUUACAAGAGAGCUAUGGUUACACUGUCGACUAUGUGUACCGUCCACCUCCCCCUGAAAUCUCUUUGUCAGUGUGCUGUGAGUACAUUGAAGGUCUACCUGCUGCUGAUGCGCCUGAACUCUUCGGAAUGGAUCAGAAUGCAGACACGGCUUUCCUUGCUGGUCGAGGAAGAGCGCUCAUAGCUGACCUGUUAGCAGCCCAGCCUCGCCUCACCACGUCCAUAGGAUCUAACAAAACCAAUGACGACACAGUCCUGGAUCUUGUGAAUGACACAUUAAAGUACCUCCCUCCACGAGUGGACUUCAACACCAAUGACUUUACCGCUGAUCUAAUGAACCCAAAGCGCGGAUCUAUUACUCCAGACCGCCUGAGACAGGUGGCUGAGAAGAAGCUAUCCCAGGAUCCUUUGGCCGAGCACGCAGAUCAGUCCGCAUUUGUCACAGUUUUGAGACAGGAAAUAAAUCGGUUUGACCGAUUGUUGGGGAUCAUUUACACAUCACUUUCAUCGUUGCGACUGGCCGUUAAAGGGGAAGUGCUCAUGUCUGAACAAUUAGAGGAGGCGUAUGAUGCGUUGCUUAGCAACCGUGUUCCAAAGGCUUGGGUGCAAGCGGCAUAUGAAUCCUGCAAGCCACUGGGAGCAUGGGUUGACAAUCUUGCCAAAAGGGUGGAUUUUUUUAGCUCUUGGUUAGACUUGGUCAGGAAUGAUAAAAGAUCAAAGUCCCGAGUGUCUCGCGAGACUGGCGUUACGCCGACACCAACCACCAGCCAAUCAUCGAUGUCCACGCUCCCGCCACGUGAUCAUCCGAACGCUUUUUGGUUACCAACCACCAGCCAAUCAUCGAUGUCCACGCUCCCACCACGUGAUCAUCCGAACGCUUUUUGGUUACCAGCUUUCUUUUUCCCGCAAGGUUUUCUCACAGCUGUAUUACAGACACAUGCCCGACAGCGUAACCUCCCAGUUGACUCGUUAAGCUUCUGCUACCAAGUGCUGAAUGACAAAUGGACGAAUGAUGAACUAGUUCAUAGUGAAAGCGACGUCGAUUUCAAGAGAGUCGCUUUUCAGGGUGCUCCUACGGACGAAGGCUCUCUUGUUUUUGGACUUUAUCUGGAUGGAGCAUCAUGGGAUUUCAAGCGAGGAUGCUUGCAAGAAUCCCUUCCUGGCCAGCGGUUUUACCCUCUUCCCGAACUGCUCGUCAUUCCUGUACAGCAAAACCCAUCAACAACACCUGAUGGAAAAGGUAAAGAGGAUACAGAGGAAGAGCUUAACACGUACGAAUGUCCGUUGUACAGAACAUCUCUUCGUGCCAGCUCCCUCACGUCCACUGGUCACCCUACUAACUUUGUCACGUCCGUAAAUCUGCAGUCUAUUCAGCCAGCGGACUAUUGGAUUACCCGUGGCGUGGCUCUUCUCUGUCAACUGGACGAAUGACGUCACUGUUUUCCAAUGCGGUGUGAAUUUCGUGAAAUUAUGAAUUGAAAAGUUUUCAAAUAAGUUGUUGAAGAACAUUUUCUGGUUUUGAAGUCAAUCCAUAGCUGAAAUGCUUUAGGUCACGAGUCUUUUCAACGAUUCUUUUCAAUUUUAGUUGCCACUAGGUUUUUUGCAGAUGUUUAUUUAAGAUUAAACUGGAAUCGAAGGUUCUUAUCCCAAAAUACCAAAUAUCGCCUUCCAUCCUACUUCAUUUGUCUCUUAUUUUCGAGGGACAUUCAUUCAUUCAAUACUAAUGGAAUAACACCUCUGGCCCCGGUUGUUUGAAGGAUUGAUAACGCCAUUCACUGGAUAUAAUUCUAUCCGUUGUGUAGUGCGGUACGUUUUGUUAGUGAUUCCUGCCCUUCGAACAAUGGGGCCCUGUUCUUUUAAACACAUUCAAACCUGUUAAAAAACACCAAAGUUCGCAUCGCACAAAGGUGUUUACUCGUGGACGGGUUUUGAGGCUUGAAGAGUGAGACAUUCGUAGAACCCCAGCUAUUUAACUGCUCCUAUGUACAUUUUAAGGUUUUAUUUUCGUUACUUUGAGCCAUAAAACGCACUAGUUACCGCCUCUCUAUUUAAAACACACUCGUUGCCUCUGUGUUGUGAACCUCUUUUGAAAAGAAAUUGUGAAAAGAAAAGUAGAAUGUACGGCAAACUGUACAGUACCCUUAAGUUAAAACGUGUGCAGGUUUUUAUGGUUUUAC